AUGGCGUCGUUGCGCUCGCCGGGUUCGCGAGAGCCACUGAGGCCUGGGGAUUUGGUGAUCGUCGUCAUCGCCCACAACAAGCCAGAUUGCCUCGAAAGGUGUCUCGCUGCCCUUGCGCAGCUUGAUGAGAUUCAGAGCUUUCGGAUUGCCGUGUCCCUGGAUGACGAUACCGCAUACACCAAGAUGGAAGCGGCUGUGCAAAAGGCCGCGCCAAAUUUGAAGGUGGAUGUCUGGCGCAAGAGCAAGUUCGUUGGGAGCCGCGCUCCGCUGCAAUCGAAAAACGCAGUCUCGAAAAUCUCCGAGCACUUCCGCUUCGCGUUGGCGGAGAGCUUCGAACGUCAGCGCUUUGAAUUCGCAGUCUUCUUGGAGAAUGACUUGCUGGUUGCACCUGACUUUCUGUGGCUAUUCCGAUCUACGGCUUGGUUAUUGCAGGAGGAUCCUACGCUUUUCUGCGUAUCUGCGUGGAAUGACAAUGGGUUUCCUGGCUUGGUCUCCAACGAGUCCAAGCUGUUUCGUACAGACUAUUUUCCUGGCCUGGGCUGGAUGAUCCACAAAUCCACGUGGAGCCUUUUAAAGGAGGAGUGGCCGCGCUUCCCAAGCACCGGCUGGGACCACUGGCUCAGGCAUGGGUCUGGCCUGUACCCUCGGGAGUGCAUUGUGCCAGAAGUGUCCAGGACUCAUCACUUUGACACCCAUGGCACAAACGUCAAGGCUGGGACUCCAUUUGCCAAGAAGUUGAGCGGGAUGCCUUCCAGCCGACUGCAGCCACACAACCUGGGCGACCUGGAAUACUUGCUGCGUGACCCCUAUGAGGCCGAGUUGCGCCAGCGCCUUCGCCAGGCAGAGGUGAUCCGUCCAGACCGGCUCACAGCUUUGGCUCCCAAGCAGGCCUACGUGCUGCCCUAUUUCCGUCGGGACUACAAGCAGCUUGCCCAGAAGUUGCAGCUAACCGAGGCCCAGCCUCGAGCAGCGCACCGUGGCGUGAUCUCAACGAGGGACCCCGUCAGCGGCGCCCGGGUCUACCUGGCCGACCGCACCAAGAGCCAGGGGUUGCUUCCUGACUCCGAAUGUGCCGAGCCUCAUCCUUUGCGCCGCAUCGAGAAGGCUCAGCCUGGGGAGUCCUGCUCCAACAUGUGCACGCGGAUUGGAAUGCACUGUGCAGAUUUGGAGUUGGAGUUCAUCAACGACUGCGCCACUCUGAAACGCUUCUUUCCUUGUGAGGAAGGCUGCGGGCACCAGGUUGGGAAGGAGAUCCCCUGCUAUGUUCAUGAUGUCAACAAAGACACCGGCAAGCAGUGCUUGGUCACGAUUAGUCUGAGGAUUUUGACCCGGUUCGUCGACACGGAGAGCUUGUCUUUCUUUCGUGCAGCUGUUGCCCUUCCCAACUCUUUGAUCAGGCAAGCACAGCAGCUCUAUUCAGAGCAGUUUGCCGACGUCACGGUGCUCGAUUUAUCAGACCGCUCGUUGACGAAGCGGGAGGUCAUCCAAAGCCUCAAGCAGAAAUCUUCUCUGGUUCUGCUUUGCCCCUAUGCAUCCAUGAUGAAGCUGGGUCUGGGCAUGUUGGAGUCCAAGAUCAAGCAGCCUCUUGACAUCAUGAUCUUUGCAACUGCUCACGUCAUGCGUGCUGGCGGCUUCCAUGCACUGGGCGCUCGCGAUGACCUCAUUCCUGCGCGACGACGAGUGUUCCUCUCAAGUCGCCAUCUUUUUGGAAUGGCUCCUGGUGCUUUGUUGGCUCCUGGCCAAGAACCCGGCUUUCCCGAAGAGGCGUCGCACAGCAAGUUUGGCCCCGAAGUGUAUCGCUUGAGCAAUGAGGAUGCUGAGCAGCGCCACUUAACAGUGCCCAUCGGACUGCAAAUAAUCCGUUCCACAAACGCGACAGACGUUGCACGAGAACUUGCAGAGUUGCAUUCCCAAAUGGGGAUAAAGUCGAUACAUGUCGUCCCAGAUCAGCCUCGACUGACUGCAGCACUCGCAAGCCUGCUUGCAGCUGAGACGGGUGGUGAGUGCACUGUGACAACUGGUACCCAGCUGGAACCAUCCAUCGAUGCAAUCCUUGUGGCAGGAAGCGCCCCCAACUAUGUUAACCUGGCGCAGGAGUUCCCACGCUUGGCUCGAUGGCAAGCCGGCAAAAAGAAGGGCUCCAUCAUCGUGGCUGGAGCGGCGAAGAACCAUGCCUCCGCGGUGUGGAUGGCCUUUGCCAUCGAAGACCAGCGAGCUGAGGAGGCGCUGCAGCGGACCUCUGUGGAGUUCGGUCGGAAGGAUCGGCGCCUCAAGUGGGAUGAGCUGCAUUUCGAUCUCCGAAGCCGCGUUAACAAAGGCAAUGCGCGGAAGGAGGCUGAGGUUGCCAUUGCUCGCGGUGUGGAAAGCCUGGGUGACCCGUGGGAUAUGUGGCUGGGGCGACUGUUGGCUUACCAAGAUCGGCACAACAAUGUCAAUGUCCGCUUCCUUGCCACACAGUUUGGGCAUGAAUUGGGAUCAUGGGUUCAGCAGCAACGUGAGCAGUGGGAAAGCGGAGCAUUGAAGGGCCACAAGGUUGCACGUUUGAAAGGUCUCGGAGUAAUGCUAGAUCCGGACUCAGAAACAUUUGCGAAGGGCCUGUCGGAACUUCGCGUGUAUGUUGCCCAGCACCGAAAGCGGACGGUUCCCGCCUUCUACGUCACAAGCUCCGGCUUCAAGCUUGGUGAGUGGGUGCUGGAACAGCGCACGAAGCAGCGUCGAGGGAAGCUGAGCCUCCAGCGACAGCAGCUACUGAAAGAAGCCUUCUUUCUGUGGCAGCCUGCGGAAGCUCCGGCCUCCAUGUUCACGCACCCCGACGAUCCCGAUGCAGCUGAGCUCACCCAUGCCAUCGAAGCGGAACUACGGAGCCUUCGUUGGCAGCCCAUCUCGCAGCGCCGUACAAUCUUCCGCUCCUUCGUGUUGAGGCAUCAUCCAGACAUCUCCGACUCCCCGUAUGCAAACGAUGCAAUCCGGUUCUUGUCCGAGGUUAGAGACUGGUUCCUGGCGGGCCACUAG